AAAUUGAUAAUAUCUUUCAGGUAAAUCCGCUAAAAAUAUCUGAUUAUGAACAGGAUGAUAUUGAGGAUCUACGUAAAAAUGGACGUGUAUCUAAAUGGUAUAACAUAAAAAAUAAAAGUGAAGAAUUCGCUUUUAAAACUAUUUCUGAGCAAGAGGACCAGAAGCUUGUACAAAAUCAAGUUACAAUUCUUAAAGAACUUCAUGAUUGUCAAAACAUCAUAAAAUUUUAUGGACUUACUUGUGAGGGAAAUAAAUGGUAUUUGGUGACUGAAUGGGCAGAAUAUGGUAAUUUACGUGAAUAUUAUACAAACAAUAAAGAUCAAUUCGAUCUUAGAUUAAAAUUACGUAUGUCCCUUGAUAUUGCUCGCGGAUUAAAUUUUUUAAGAGCUGUUGAGAUUGUUCAUCGUGAUAUUAGGGCUGAGAAUAUAUUAAUUACAAUCAAUGAGACAGCAAAACUUGCAAAUUUUAAAUUAAGUCGCUAUCUAACUGCAGCUACAUUAAAUCAAGGCCAAAAUUUAGAACGAGUUCGUUAUUGUGCACCUGAAUUGUUAGAUAGGGCUCCAAAUUACAAAUAUGAUCAUAAAUGUGAGGUUUAUAGUUUUGGAAUCUUACUUUGGGAAAUUGCUGAAGGAAAAAUUCCAUAUGAAGGUAGUAAUGAUAUUGUGGAUAUAACUGAUAAGGUGCGUAAUAAAAUGUAUAGAGAACCAUUUUCCGAAAAUAAUCAAAUACCAGGGGAAUUUAAAAAACUAGAGAUUGAAGCCGUUCGUCAUGACCCAACUUUUAGGCCAAAAAUUACAAAAAUGUUUGAAGUUCUUAGAAAUUGUGUCAAGAAAUAUUCACAAGAUCCAUCAGGUUUUUGUAAUUUAACCCUAAACAGAAAACCCUCCACUCCAAAACGUGCAUUCAGCAUUGAUCAGGAUGCAUAUGCACUUCCUAUUAAUUUACCAGAUUUUGAAUCAUUUAAAUACAUGACACUUGCUGAUGCAGCGAAACAACAUAAGAUAUAUAAAAAUGGCAAGCCUAGUGGAGAUGUAAAAACUGCAUAUAAAUGUUUUGAAGCUUAUACGAAUAAUCCAAAUACAACAAAACGUAAUCGAGUCACAGCAAAAUAUUACAAAGCAGUUUACAUUUCAAGAGGAUUUGUUGAGAGCCCUCCAAAUAAAGAUAAAAUUGUUGCUGAAUUAUUUAAAGAAGUUGCUGAUGAUGAAGAAAAUGAAUACCCUGAAGCAAGAGUAAGAUAUGGAGAUUGUUUGUUUAAUGGUAAAGGUGUUGAUAAGAAUGAAUCAGAAGCUCUUAAAUAUUUUGAAAAAGCUGCUGAAGAUGGUGUUGUAGUAGCAAUGUACAACGUUGGAAAUAUGUAUUAUAAUGGUGUUGGAUGUAAAAAAGAUAUAGAAAAAGCCAAGAAUUAUAUAGAAUUAGCUGUUUAUAAUGGUUAUGAAGCUGCUAUUAAAUUUCGUAAUGAAUAUAAGUUCUGAAAUUUUUUUUAUUAUUAUUAAUAUUAUUAAUUAAAUUAUUAUUAAGUUGUU